AUGCCGCGUCGCCGGCCGGUGGUGGUUUCCGGAGUUCUAGCGCUCGGUGUCGACGGUGUUGAUUCGCGAGAUCCUGUCGGUGGUGAGAUUCGGGGACCUGUUGGACCCGUCAGAGAGUUGCGCGGUGUGCCUGUACGAUUUCGAGGCGGAGGACGAGAUUCAGGGGCUGGCAAAUUGCAGCCACGUGUUCCACAAGGGGUGCCUUGA